UCAAAAACCAGCCAUCAUUCAUCAGCGGAGUAGUAGUAGAAAAGGUGUAAAAUACUACUGCUAAAAGUAUUUUUCAUCGCCGUCCCGUCUUUGGCCCCGGAACAAGUCAUCGGAUCGGAGUGUGUGUCUAACCUGGCUGGCGUAUUUUUUUUUCUCAUUUUCCGUCUGCUCGCGGGACUUUGGUUUGCUUGCUAAUCUGUGGUAUAUUUUUUACCAGCCUUUUGUUACUUUUUUUUUACUGAUAGGCUCGUUUUGCAGUGGAAAUCUUUGUGCAGGGUCGAAAAAACAAAGAAGUUGUGCAAAAUAGUUGAAGCAAAAAAAAAGGGCGAUCCUGUCUGUGUGUGCGAAGGAAAAAAUAACUUUCGAGACGAGUGCGGGGUGAAGUUUUUUUUGUGUAAGCACUGUAAAGUUAAAGCAGAAGCAGCAAGUGUAGAGCAGCGAAAGAGAGACGAAAAACAAAAUCAUCCAUCCAUUCAUCUGACCCCCGAGGCUAAAGGCUCCCUACAGAAGCAGUAGAGAAAAAAGGAAAACCUGUCUCGCAGCAGUAGCAAAUAAUGGCGAAAACGUACGAUUACCUGUUCAAGUUGCUGCUGAUCGGCGAUUCCGGUGUAGGCAAGACGUGCAUCCUGUUCCGUUUCUCCGAGGAUGCCUUCAACACGACCUUCAUCAGCACGAUCGGAAUUGAUUUCAAAAUUAGAACUAUCGAAUUAGAUGGCAAGAAAAUUAAGUUGCAAAUUUGGGACACAGCCGGUCAGGAACGUUUCCGAACGAUCACGACGGCAUACUAUCGGGGUGCGAUGGGUAUUAUGCUUGUGUAUGACAUCACGCAGGAAAAGUCGUUCGAAAACAUCAAAAACUGGAUUAGGAACAUCGAAGAGAACGCAUCCGCCGACGUGGAAAAGAUGCUUCUGGGGAACAAAUGUGAGCUGAAUGAGAAGCGACAAGUAACCCGCGAUCGAGGUGAACAGUUAGCAGUAGAGUACGGUAUCAAGUUUAUGGAAACUUCGGCAAAAGCUAGCAUUAAUGUGGACGAAGCAUUUUUCACACUUGCCAGAGAUAUUAAGUGUAAAAUGGAAAAGCGAAUGGAAGCGAACAAUCCUCCCAAGGGUGGACACCAGCUGAAAGCGUCAGAACAACCCCGGAAGGCACCGAGUUGGUUAUCGAAGUGCAAUCUAUUUUGACCUUGUAAUAGUCCUAUAAAUUAUUGUAACUUUUUUAUAUAACAUACUAAUAACGAUAACUAUUAUAAUGAUAUACUGUGUAGAAGAAUCGGGGACAAAACUGAAGAAAAAUCAGAAAAAAAACAUUGACAAAGGCACGCGAAUACACCCACGAAUUUGAAAACGCAGGAACGGCUACUUCUCCGACCACUCAGAAUUGUUUAUGAAGCAAAUGCUCACAUCAAGGUAUGAAAAAUUCGAUCUCCCAUAAAGAACAGAAACACAGAUUGGCUUUUUUAUGUUAUUUACACAAUGUAAAUCAUCCUACACAGGCGACCACCAAUUUUGAAGGUCAAUAAAAAAUACUUAUGAUGUAAAUUGAUAUGAGUGAUAGCACGGACAUGUACGGAACGAACACCCACUGAGGUCUAUAUGAAACAAAAACAAUUGUGUAGUAAGAAAACCAACACACCCAAACACCAUCCAUGAAACAGACAGGAAAAUAAUUCUACCGUUGAAUUGUCACAAUAUUCCUCGAAUAACGAUUUGAUGUAUUUAAAACUAGAAUACAUUGUAAUAACAACAAAAGAAUGAGACAUUCGAUCAACUCAGAUAGAUGGAAAACACCUAGUUGGGUGCUAGGCCAUUAGCCGUUAGUAGGACUACAUAUUCCAAAUUGCAUCCCGAUGGACCGUACCACCUUCUGUACUGGUAAGAUAGGCACAGGAUUUUAUUCGUCGCUCUUUGCGGAGCUUCUCCACUAUUCACGGUGUUCGACAAAUGAUGGGACAGCAACUUUUCGGAAGGGUACGGUUUGGGAAGAUCUUAGUUAUAAAAAAACAUCCCAUCAAACAUUGAAUUGCAUGCAGUGUGCACAGAGGGAACAAGAAAAUCACACAUUCUGCAUUCGAAAGGGUUAAACUCAUAAAUUCAACUGUCGUAACAAUUACGUGGAAAUAUGGAAACAAAUAAAAACAAAUCGUUAGCAAACAAGGUUUUGAAAUUGUCAUGAAGAUUUUUCUUCGCAAA